AGCGUCCAACGGAUCACUGUGACCUCAUCAUGAUGUGAUUUUUUCAUCAUCAGUGAGAUGUCUGAUAGACUCAAUUAAUUUAUCGAUCUUUUGGACUGUUCUUCGUCAGGAUUACUUGUCGGUUCAUCUCCACCGUAUUCGCAGCCUGUUCGUGUCGCCCAGCCAUGGCACAACAGGACGGUGCUGCCAAGAAGAACCCUGCUGUAGCGGCGUUGCACUCUCACUUCAUUGUGGGAUCAGUAUCGGAGGAGAACUCAGAGGAUGAAAUCCAAGGGAAGCUAGACAUGCAGCUGGAAGAGAAGGAGACGCGCUCUUUGUCACCAUCCUCCGGUAGCUCAGACAGCACCUAUGAGAUGGGCUUCGACCAUAUUGACGGCCCCAUGCACAAUCUAAGGCCGAGCAUGUCAGGGCUGCACCUGGUGAAGCAAGGCAGAGAUCGGCGGCGUAUUGAUCUGCAGAGGGACUUCACUGUGGCUUCUCCUGCUGAGUUUGUCACCCGCUUCGGUGGCAACAAGGUCAUCGAGAAGGUGCUCAUCGCCAACAAUGGUAUUGCAGCCGUCAAAUGUAUGCGCUCUAUCCGCCGCUGGGCCUACGAGAUGUUUCGUAAUGAAAGGGCAAUCCGCUUUGUUGUCAUGGUGACCCCAGAGGACCUGAAGGCCAAUGCAGAGUACAUCAAAAUGGCAGAUCAUUACGUGCCUGUGCCAGGAGGGACUAACAACAACAACUACGCCAACGUCGAGCUCAUUCUGGACAUCGCUAAACGCAUACCUGUUCAGGCAGUGUGGGCUGGGUGGGGUCACGCCUCAGAGAACCCCAAACUCCCAGAGCUGCUUCACAAGCAUGGCAUUGCUUUCAUGGGGCCCCCAAGUCAGGCCAUGUGGGCUUUGGGAGACAAGAUCGCCUCCUCCAUAGUCGCUCAGACGGCUGGUAUUCCAACUCUUCCAUGGAGCGGAGCAGGCCUGACAGUGGAAUGGGCAGAGAACAAGAGGAUCAUCAGCGUUCCUCAUGACGUGUACGAGCUUGGCUGCAUCCAGGAUGUAGAGGACGGCCUGAAAGCUGCGGAGAAGGUUGGUUACCCUCUAAUGGUGAAGGCCUCAGAGGGAGGUGGAGGGAAAGGAAUCCGUAAAGUCAACUCUGCUGAUGAUUUGCCCAACCUCUUCAGACAGGUCCAGGCAGAAGUUCCAGGAUCGCCUAUUUUCGUCAUGCAGCUUGCCAAGCAUGCCCGCCACUUGGAGGUCCAGAUCUUAGCCGAUCAGUAUGGCAAUGCCAUUUCCCUGUUUGGUAGAGACUGUUCUGUGCAGCGACGACACCAGAAAAUUAUAGAGGAGGCUCCUGCUACCAUCGCCACUUCUGAUGUGUUUGAGGAUAUGGAGAAGUGUGCAGUGAAGCUGGCUAAGAUGGUGGGGUACGUCAGUGCGGGUACAGUAGAGUACCUCUACAGCCAGGACGGCAGCUUCUACUUCCUGGAGCUCAACCCUCGUCUGCAGGUGGAACACCCCUGCACUGAGAUGGUGGCCGAUGUCAACCUGCCUGCUGCUCAGCUGCAGAUCGCUAUGGGUAUUCCUCUUCACCGCAUCAAAGACAUCAGGAUGCUUUAUGGGGUCCAGCCCUGGGGAGACUCUCCCAUUGACUUUGAGGGUCUGUCAACUGCCCCCUCCCCGCGGGGUCAUGUCAUUGCAGCACGUAUCACUAGUGAAAAUCCUGAUGAGGGUUUCAAGCCAAGCUCAGGAACGGUGCAAGAGCUGAACUUCCGCAGCAAUAAGAACGUGUGGGGCUACUUCAGUGUUGCAGCAGCUGGAGGUCUGCACGAGUUUGCCGACUCCCAGUUUGGACACUGUUUCUCUUGGGGAGAGAAUCGUGAAGAAGCCAUCUCCAACAUGGUGGUGGCUCUGAAGGAGUUGUCCAUCAGAGGAGACUUCAGGACCACAGUGGAAUACCUCAUUAAGCUGCUGGAGACUGAAAGCUUUCAGCACAACAGCAUUGACACAGGCUGGCUGGACAGGCUCAUCUCAGAGAAGAUGCAGGCUGAGCGUCCCGACACCAUGCUGGGGAUUGUGAGUGGGGCUCUUCAUGUGGCAGAUGUAAAUCUAAGGAACAGUGUGUCCAAUUUCCUGCACUCUCUGGAAAGGGGCCAGGUGCUGCCAGCACACACACUACUCAAUACUGUGGAUGUGGAGCUGAUCUAUGAAGGUACCAAGUACGUCCUGACAGUGACACGCCAGUCUCCCAACUCCUACGUGGUCAUCAUGAACAACUCCUCAGCUGAGGUGGACGUCCAUCGGCUCAGUGACGGAGGUCUUCUGCUGUCCUAUGAUGGCAGCAGCUACACCACCUACAUGAAGGAGGAAGUGGACAGGUAUCGCAUCACAAUUGGGAACAAGACGUGCGUCUUUGAAAAGGAGAAUGAUCCUUCUCUGCUGCGUUCUCCAUCAGCAGGAAAAAUCAUUCAGUACACAGUGGAGGACGGCGGACAUGUGUUUUCUGGCCAGUGCUACGCUGAGAUAGAGGUGAUGAAGAUGGUGAUGACCCUUACAGCUGCAGAGUCUGGUUGUAUCCACUACGUGAAGAGGUCCGGAGCAGCGCUGGAGCCUGGCUGCGUCAUUGCCAAGCUGCAGCUGGAUGAUCCAAGCAGAGUGCAACAGGCAGAGCUGCACACAGGGGCCCUGCCUUCUAUCCAGGCAGUAGCUCUGAGAGGAGAGAAGCUACACAGAGUCUUCCACAACACACUCGACCACCUCGUUCACAUCAUGAACGGCUACUGUCUUCCUGAGCCUUUCUUCAGUGCUAAGUUGAAAGAAUGGGUGGAACGGCUGAUGAAAACCAUGCGCGACCCCUCUUUACCACUGUUGGAGCUACAAGACAUCAUGACUAGCGUGUCGGGCCGCAUCCCCCCUGCUGUGGAGAAGGCCAUCAAGAAGGAGAUGGCUCAGUAUGCCAGCAACAUCACGUCUGUGCUCUGCCAGUUCCCCAGCCAGCAGAUUGCAAACAUCCUGGACAGCCAUGCUGCUACUCUUAACAAGAAGUCAGAGAGAGAAGUCUUCUUCAUGAACACACAGAGCAUUGUUCAGCUGGUGCAGAAGUAUCGCAGUGGCAUCCGAGGUCACAUGAAGGCAGUGGUGAUGGACCUGCUCAGACAGUACCUGAAAGUAGAGAUCCAGUUUCAGAACGGACACUACGACAAAUGUGUGUUUGCACUGCGUGAGGAAAACAAAGGCGACAUGGCCAACGUGCUCAACUACAUCUUCUCCCACGCUCAAGUCACCAAGAAGAACCUGUUGGUUACAAUGCUGAUCGACCAACUGUGUGGCCGUGACCCCACACUGACAGAUGAGCUGAUGGCCAUCUUGACUGAACUGACUCAGCUCAGCAAGACGACCAACGCCAAGGUGGCCCUGCGUGCUCGGCAGGUGUUGAUAGCUUCCCACCUUCCCUCCUAUGAGCUACGACACAACCAGGUGGAGUCCAUCUUCCUCUCUGCCAUUGACAUGUAUGGACACCAGUUCUGCAUCGAGAACCUGCAGAAACUGAUCCUUUCAGAGACAUCCAUCUUUGAUGUUCUGCCCAACUUCUUCUACCACAGCAAUCAGGUGGUCAGGAUGGCGGCUCUAGAGGUUUAUGUGCGCAGGGCAUACAUCGCCUAUGAGCUCAACAGUGUUCAGCAUCGACAGCUGAAGGACAACACGUGCAUAGUAGAGUUCCAGUUCAUGCUCCCCACCUCGCAUCCCAACAGAGGGAACAUCCCCACUCUAAACAGGAUGUCAUUCUCAUCCAACCUGAACCACUACGGCAUGGUGCAUGUAGCCAGCGUGAGUGAUGUUCUGCUUGAUACAUCUUUUACACCUCCUUGUCAGCGCAUGGGAGCCAUGGUCUCCUUCCGCUCCUUCCAGGAGUUCACCAGGAACAUUACAGACGUGUUGAGCUGCUUCUCCGACUCUCCUCCCCCAAGUCCGACCUUCCCAGAGGGAGGUAAUCCCGUCCUGUACGGUGAAGAGGACAACAAGAGUAUUCUGGAGGAGCCCAUCCACAUCCUGAACGUGGCUAUAAAGACGGACAGCGACAUCGAUGACGACGGCCUGGCGGCCAUGUUCCGGGAGUUCACUCAGUCAAAGAAAUCCCUGCUAUUUGAACACGGCAUCCGAAGGCUGACUUUCCUCGUGGCCCAGAAGGAUUUCAGGAAGCAAGUCAACUGUGAGGUGGACCAAAGGUUUCAUAGAGAAUUCCCCAAAUUUUUCACAUUCCGUGCCAGAGACAAGUUUGAGGAGGACAGGAUCUAUCGUCAUUUGGAGCCGGCACUAGCUUUCCAGUUGGAGCUCAACCGCAUGCGCAACUUUGCCCUGACUGCCAUCCCGUGUGCCAACCACAAGAUGCACCUGUACCUGGGUGCAGCCCGUGUGGAGGUGGGCACAGAGGUCACAGACUACCGCUUCUUUGUGAGAGCCAUUAUCCGCCACUCUGAUCUGGUGACAAAGGAAGCUUCUUUUGAGUACCUUCACAAUGAGGCAGAGCGUCUGCUGCUGGAAGCCAUGGAUGAGCUGGAGGUGGCUUUCAACAACACAACUGUACGAACUGACUGUAACCAUAUCUUCCUUAACUUUGUCCCGACAGUCAUCAUGGACCCGUCAAAGAUUGAGGAGUCGGUGCGCUCCAUGGUGAUGCGUUACGGCAGCCGUCUGUGGAAGCUGCGCGUCCUGCAGGCUGAACUGAAAAUUAACAUCCGCCUGACUCCAACAGGAAAGCAAAUCCCCAUCCGCCUCUUUCUUACCAAUGAAUCAGGCUACUACCUGGACAUCAGCCUGUACAAGGAGGUCACUGAUUCCCGAACGGGACAGGUGGGGCCCAAAGACCGACAGAUCAUGUUCCAGGCAUAUGGAGACAAACAGGGACCACUGCAUGGGAUGCUCAUCAACACCCCAUAUGUCACCAAGGACCUGCUGCAGUCGAAGCGCUUCCAGGCGCAGUCUCUGGGCACCACCUACGUCUACGACUUUCCAGAGAUGUUCAGACAGGCUCUGAAAAAGCUGUGGCACUCAAGCCAGGCCUUUGCCCACCUGCCCAAAUGCCCUCUUCCCUCUGAGCUGCUCACCUUCACAGAGCUGGUUCUGGAUGCCCAGGGUCAGCUGGUGCAGAUGAACCGACUGCCAGGGGGCAACGAGAUUGGUAUGGUGGCUUGGCGGAUGACCCUGCGAACUCCAGAGUAUCCAGCGGGACGCGAGAUCAUCGUCAUAAGUAACGACAUCACCCACAAGAUUGGUUCAUUCGGGCCCCAGGAGGACGUGUUGUUCCUGCGAGCCUCAGAGAUGGCACGAGAGAGCGGCAUCCCGCGAAUCUACAUCGCAGCCAACAGUGGCGCCCGCAUUGGGCUGGCAGAGGAAAUCAGACACAUGUUCCAUGUGGCCUGGCAAGAUCCAGCAGACCCUUACAAGGGUUUCAAGUAUCUCUACCUCACACCUCAGGAUUACAAAAAGGUUUCAGCUCUGAACUCUGUGCAUUGUGAACAUGUGGAGGAUGAAGGAGAAUCCAGGUACAAGAUCACUGACAUCAUUGGGAAGGAUGAAGGGCUGGGUGUGGAGAAUCUGAAGGGGUCUGGGAUGAUCGCUGGAGAAUCCUCUCUGGCUUAUGAGGAAAUCAUCACCAUGAACCUGGUCACAUGUCGAGCCAUAGGAAUUGGGGCCUAUCUGGUGCGGCUUGGACAGCGAACCAUCCAGGUGGACAACUCUCACAUUAUUCUUACUGGAGCUGGAGCACUCAACAAGGUGCUAGGCAGAGAAGUGUACACAUCAAACAACCAGCUCGGUGGAAUUCAGAUCAUGCACAACAACGGCGUGACCCACUGCACUGUGUGUGAUGACUUUGAGGGAGUCUUCACUCUUCUGCAGUGGCUGUCCUUCAUGCCCAAGUGUAAAUUUAGUCCAGUGCCCAUCCUCAGUGCCAAGGAUCCCAUAGAUCGAUCAGUGGAGUUUGUUCCAACCAAGGCUCCGUAUGACCCUCGCUGGAUGUUAGCAGGACGUCCCAGCCAGACUCCAAAAGGUGCCUGGCAGAACGGAUUCUUCGACCACGGCUCCUUCAUGGAGAUCAUGCAGCCGUGGGCUCAGAGUGUGGUGGUGGGCAGAGCCAGACUGGGUGGGAUACCAACUGGAGUGGUUGCUGUGGAAACCAGGUCAGUGGAGCUGUCAAUCCCAGCUGAUCCGGCCAAUUUGGACUCGGAGGCGAAGAUUAUCCAGCAGGCGGGACAGGUGUGGUUCCCAGAUUCUGCUUUCAAAACCGCUCAGGCCAUUAAGGACCUGAACCGAGAAGGCCUCCCUCUCAUCGUGUUUGCCAACUGGAGGGGCUUCUCUGGAGGAAUGAAAGACAUGUACGACCAGGUGUUGAAGUUCGGGGCCUACAUUGUGGAUGGACUUAGGGAAUACAAGCAGCCGGUGCUGGUUUAUAUUCCCCCGCAGGCUGAGCUGAGGGGAGGCUCCUGGGUGGUUAUCGAUCCCACCAUCAACCCUCGUCACAUGGAGAUGUACGCAGACAAGGACAGCCGAGGUGGAGUGUUGGAGCCUGAAGGAACCGUGGAGAUCAAGUUUAGGAGGAAGGACCUGGUGAAGACCAUGAGGAGAGUCGAUCCGGUCUACACGGGCUUGGCUGAACGACUGGGAACUCCAGAGCUGAGCCCCCCUGAUCGUAAAGAGCUGGAGACCAAGCUGAAGGAGCGGGAGGAGUUUCUCCUGCCCAUCUACCACCAGGUGGCUGUGCAGUUUGCAGACCUCCAUGACACCCCAGGUCGCAUGCAAGAGAAGGGCGUUAUCACAGAUGUCCUGGAAUGGCAAACGUCCCGUCAGUUCUUCUACUGGCGUCUGCGGCGUCUGCUGCUGGAGGACACGGUGAAGAGGAAGAUCCAAGCGGCCAACAGCGAGCUGACGGACGGCCAGAUCCAGGCCAUGCUGCGCCGCUGGUUCGUGGAGGCCGAGGGAGCUGUCAAGGCCUAUCUGUGGGACAACAACGAAGAGGUGGUGGGAUGGCUGGAGAGGCAGUUAGCUGAAGAGGAGGGCGCGCGGUCCGUCAUCGACGAGAACAUCAAGUACAUCCGCCGUGAUCACAUCCUCAAGCAGAUUCGCAGCCUCGUUCAAGCCAAUCCAGAGGUGGCCAUGGAUUCCAUCGUGCACAUGACCCAGCACAUCUCUCCCACACAGAGAACCGAGGUGGUCCGUAUUCUGUCCACUAUGGAGACGGCCUCCUCCUAAUGCGAGCCUGGCCUCUCCCCCCUCCCUUCCUCCCUGGCUGAAUCACAGUCCAGGCCAGAACCACAGCCAAAGGAGCCUGGCUCAGCCUUCCUGCUCUGACCGGAGCCUGUGCUCGAGACUGAGGGUGGAGGAGCCGACGUGAUGGUUACUGAUGAACCGUUGGCAAUGAUUCUCACUAAGCAAGAGUUCAGAUGACUGACAUCAUUUAUAACAUUUUGUAGAUUGUCUUACGUGUGUGUUAGUGUUUAGAUAAGUCCAUGUAUUUGUACUCAAGUGCAAUUGAAAGAUGACUAAAGAAAUAUCUAGUGAUUAAUAUAUAAUAACAUGUUUACACAGUUGGCUCAAACGAUGUUUCCAUGAUAAUCAGUGACCUCCAUUCUUUUGAACUGGAGUUUGCACAGUAAAUGUAGAACGUUGUCAUUUUAAAAUGCACCUUGGUUUGCGACAUAUGCUUGUUAAGAUUUGCAAGCGUUUUGUUGACCAGCUCCAUAAUGACAACACAUCGCGAGGGGCAUUAGCAAGAAAAGGGGGUUUUAAACUCCUGAGUGGGGAGCACUUAGUUACUGAACAAAGACAGGGAACACUAUAACAGAUUUGGACAGGACAGCCCAGCAGGGAGCAGGGACAAGGUCCCUUUUAGACCCCGACUGUUUCACAGUUACCCUGCAGUGAGCAACGGGCAGCUCGCCUCACAACAAAACCACAGCUGUCCCUUCUGUUCUCACUCUCUCAGCACACACAUGCUGCUUUACGUGCACUUUACUGCAAACUGUUCCCUCACACACACACACACACACACACACACACACACAGGUAACACAGACAGUAAUACAGUUAAUAAUAGUUUAAAUGGGAAUUGAUAAUUGAACUAAACAGAGUGGAUAAUAGCAUGAUGGUUUAAACAGCCUUGGGUUAUUACUUUUAUUUUGACAACUAUUGUGUUGCUUCUGAAACCAGUUAUUAAAUGAUGAGGGUUUUUUUCUUUUUUUUAACUAAAGAAAUAUUUUUGAAUUUACAACAGUUGGAUGACUUAAUGAUUAAAUAUUUGUGAAUAAACAAAGGCUACUGUUCACUGGACUUACUGUAUGUUACAUGUCAGACGUGUCUAAUUUUACUGUAAUCCACAUUAACUGUUCUAUUUAAAGUUUGUACCUUUGUGUAUAUGAAAUGUUACUUAUUUUUUAAUAUUCAUUUUUGAAAACAAUGCUUGAAUCACUUAUUCUCCACUUUGAGUUUGUUACCAAUGAGCAGGCAACUGUAUCAUAAAAGGAUUUUUUUUAACAAUAGCGAACAUAAUCAUAGCAAAACGGCACCAUCAUGUUAAAUGCAAUCCUAUAGGUCACUGUGUCAUAUGUUAGCGAUGUGAAAUGGCUUCAUGGUCAAUGCUGUGCCUUUGAUGUGCCUAUGUUGACAUGUAGUCCAGUUGCUUUAUAAGUAACUGGUUGUUUCCUGUACAACAAUGGGGAAGAAUUUACAGUGAUGAGCUCUAAAUGUGUCUGCAAAUUUAAUAAAGC